GUCUAUAUCACUUCGUGUCUCAAGGACCUGUCUUUGGUGGUGUAUGCCGAGUGGGAGUGUACCACCGUCAGCGCUGUAACGGGGAUCUUGGCUGACUUUUUGAUAGCGAUCCUAGGGAGAAAUGACUUAGUUCAAAGUCAUAAGCGCUGAAUAUUCAGAAAUAGGUAUAAAACGAUACGAAACAUAGAUUCUUGUCAUAGAGGUGUUCCAUGUCUAGACGUCCUUCGAGUCCUCCAGCUAUCACGCUGUACGACGUUCCAGGACAGAAUGCCCAGCCUUGGGCACCGAACAUAUGGCGAAUACGUUUCAUUUUGAACUACAAACACCUCAGAUACCGCACUGUCUGGGUUGAAUUUCAGAACAUAGAGAUCACUCUGCGAUCUAUCGGAGCGCCUCCGAGUUCCCAGAGAAGCGACGGGCGACCAGUCUAUACCCUACCGGUCAUAGUAGACCCUACGCGGAAUCCAUCCGCGCCCCAGGUCCUGUCCAACCCGAAUAUCAUUGCCGAGUACCUCGAAUCUUGCUAUCCAGCGCGUCCAGUCUUUCCCGAGGGAUCGCGCGCGCUUCAAACACUGUUUGUGAACUACAUCCAGGAGGUUUUCGUUAAACCCCUUCUGCCAAUUAUGGUUCCUCUAAGCCAUCAGCAGCUCCCGGAGCGCAGCCAGACGAACGUGCAUAUGAGCCAACCCCUGCCCCCGGGACCGCAGCGGGAGCAUGCGUGGAUGCUGGUCAAAGAGCAGUUUGAUUUCCUUGCUAAGAUUUUGGAUAAGAAUGCAGGUGAUGGUGAUGGGGUGGUGGCGAUGGGGUAUCAGGUUUCGUACGCAGAUUUUGCGCUUUGUUCCGUGUUGCUAUGGAUAGAGAGCAUGGCCGCUCAGGAUGGGUGGGCGAGAGUCAGGCAGUGGAAUGGUGGGAGGUGGGUCAGGCUGAGGGAGCGGUGCAGGGAAUAUAUGGAUGUGUGUUAAUUUCUUUUGGGUUAAUUUUUUUUUGAAUGCGUAGAAGAUUAGACCUAUGGUAGCAUUUAGACUUUAGUAAUAUUCGCUUCUAGUCCGUUAUCCUGCUCACUAUGAAAAUAC